CACGGGAAGGCAGAGCAGGAGAGGCGGGCGAUGGGGGAGGACCUGUACCGGUUAUCCUCCAGGCAUCGUUAAGGAGAAGAAGGGGGCGGGAAGGGGCGAAAAAGAGGAAGGCGGCAAAGGGAGGGCGUCCCCGGCCCCCGCCCCUCUCCGCCGUACCGAGGAGGGAGGGCGGACCACGAUGCCCGGCUGCCGGGUGCUACCCGCCCGCCCGCAUGGAGACCGCCGCCCGUAGCGGGGCUGCCGCGCCGCACCGCGGGUGAACACUAAAACGUAUUGGAGAUUGUUCUAAACUGAACCAAACACAGCCUCAGCCUUCGGUAUAUGUGCUAAGACAUCCAGAACAAUACAGUUUCGAAUAGUGCCUCCCCCAGAAGUGUGAUGAGAAAUGGCUUUAGGAAACAAUACCCAGAGAAGUUAUUCCAUCAUACCCUGCUUCAUCUUUGUUGAGCUUGUCAUCAUGGCUGGGACUGUUCUGCUCGCCUACUACUUCGAGUGCACCGACACUUUUCAGGUGCAUAUCCAAGGUUUCUUCUGUCAGGAUGGCAAUUUGAUGAAACCCUACCCGGGAACAGAGGAUGAGAGCUUCAUUUCACCUCUUGUGCUCUACUGUGUUCUGGCUUCAACUCCGACAGCUAUUAUUUUUAUUGGUGAGAUAUCCAUGUACUUCAUAAAGUCAACCCGAGAAACCCUUAUUAUCCAAGAGAAGACUAUUUUGACUGGAGAGUGCUGUUACCUGAACCCACUGCUUCGAAGAAUAAUACGUUUUAUAGGAGUGUUUGCAUUUGGACUUUUUGCCACUGACAUAUUUGUAAAUGCUGGCCAAGUAGUGACGGGGAACUUGGCUCCCUACUUCCUGACUGUAUGUAAACCAAACUACACGGGAAACGACUGUCGAGCUCACCACCAGUUCAUAAACAAUGGCAACAUCUGCACUGGGGAUGUAGAGGUGAUUGAAAAGGCCAGGAGAUCCUUUCCAUCCAAACAUGCUGCUUUGAGCAUCUACUCAGCGUUAUAUGCCACGAUGUACAUCACAAGUACAAUUAAAACAAAGAGCAGCAGGCUCGCCAAACCUGUGCUCUGUCUGGGUACCCUGUGUGCUGCGUUCCUCACCGGGCUGAACCGAGUUUCUGAGUAUCGAAACCACUGCUCGGACGUCAUUGCAGGCUUCAUCCUGGGGAGUGCUGUAGCUUUGUUUCUGGGGAUAUGUGUUGUCCAUAACUUCAAAGGCACUCAUGGAGCUCCUUCUAAACCGAAACCUGAAGACCCACGAGGGAUGCCACUAAUGGCUUUUCCAAGAGUGGAAAGUCCUCUGGAGACAUUGAGUGCACAGAAUCACUCUGCCUCUAUGACUGAAGUAACCUGAGAUGGAAGAUUGGUAACCAACACUGUUUUUUAUUACCCUCCAGUACAGUAACUCCAAGACACACAGUUACUAAAUGUCUAACUGUGAUGACCAGUAUUAUGUUAUGUCUAGUUAGAGGCUAAUGUUUUGUACCUUUUUUUGUAUAAGGAAGUGAUGUAGCUUGCCCUGAUUUUUCUUUUUUUUAUUCUUUUUUGUUUUGGUCAGCUUUACUAUUAUUAUGCCAGAAUUUAAAUGCAAAAUGGAGAAAAAA